CCCGCCCCGCGGCGGCGGCCAAUGCGAGCGGGGCAGCCGCUGACGACAGAGCGGCUGGGCGCGCGGGAGGGCGGCUGGUCCGUCAGUUGGUGGCCGGAGGCGGCCGCAGCGGUCGGGCCUGGCUUGUCGCUCUGCCGCGGCGGCAGGAAGAGUGGAGGUCGCGCCAUGUCGCGACUCAGCCCGCAGGAGGAGAACUUGCAGGGUUCCUGGGUGGAACUCCACUUCAGCAGUAAUGGAAACGGCAGUGGAAGCACUGGCACUCUGACGAGUCAAGAGCAAGUACCAGCCUCUAUUUCCAUUCACAAUGGUGACAUGGAGAAAAUACUCCUUGAUGCUCAACAUGAAUCUGGAAGAAGCAGUUCAAGAGAAAGUUCACAUUGCGACAGCCCUCCUCGUUCCCAGACACCUCAGGACAGUCACAGAGCCUUGGAAAUAGAGAGCCACAGCAGUGGAGAAAAGAAUAGCUUUCAGUCUGAAGAAGAUUUUCUUGAAAGGAGGAAAGAAGUAGAAAGGCUCCUGAAGAAGAAUGCAGAUUGGAUAUGGGAUUGGUCCAGCAGGCCAGAGAACAUCCCGCCAAAGGAAUUCCUUUUUAAACAUCCCAGGCGCACAGCUACUCUCAGCAUGAGAAAUACCAGUGUAAUGAAGAAAGGGGGGAUAUUCUCAGCAGAAUUUUUGAAGGUUUUUCUUCCAUCUUUGCUUCUUUCUCAUUUGCUUGCCAUUGGGUUAGGGAUUUACAUUGGAAGACGCCUUACAACCACAGCUUCAAGCAGUACGUUUUAAAGUCACCUGAAAUCUUAGUUUCAAAGCAAAGAAGAUACCCGGGAAUACAGGAGGUGAAGAGCAGAAACAUCUAAGCUAGCCACGACUGCGUGAUCAGCAUGUACUUGUUGUGUAAAUGUUGUGUUCGUAGUUUAAUAAAAAUGGGAAGAGACACUAAAGCUAAUGUUACCAUAUAUUGUCUUCUGGAUCAAUUCAUACAGCAUGUUUCAGAUGCAUUAACAUCUGUUAUAUUGCUUUGUAGUGAAGUAUCUUUGAAAGUUAGGAGAACUUGAUGUUUAAAACCAGUCCUAGCUUUAAUAUAGCACUUGUGAUUCAGCUAGGUAUUCAUCUAAACUGCUCUUUGUACUUCAUAGAUGUGAAUAUUUGUCACUGCUGCUGCUAGUCAUGACACUAAGGGAUUAGCCCAAAACAAUGUGUGGCCUUACGUAUCAUAUACAGGAAUUCAGAGAAGCUUUUACCUCACUUGGGACAGUUUGUUCCGUAUGUGGAUUUUGCUUGGCGCUCUCUCACUUUUGGGAGAGAUGUGCAAUGUUAAUGUUGAUAGAUGCCAUCAGCUGGAAGAAAUUAAGAGUAUGAGUAAAACUUCUAUCAGUUUUUACUAGCUCAAAGAGUGAUGCACAACAGCCUCAAUUAAAAUUUGGACUUUAGUGCCUAAGAAAUAGCUUCUUUUGCAAAGACAUUUAAUUCCCCAAUUAAUAGACGUUCCUGCUGUUGUAUCUACUUGCAGACUAUUGCUUCUCAGUCUUUAUCUGUGAAAUAAUAUAUUUGCAUCUUAUUUGCCUCAUCCUUGUAUAGAUUUUAAAAAGGGUUGCUUGCUUAUUUGUUUUUACUAAUGGAAUGCCUUUUCAUUCAGUGAUUUUACCCUAUUUAAUGAGAAGAAAAUGAAUGUAUGCCAAAAUAUUUUAUAUAUUUAAAUAAAAAGGUUCCUUGUGGACUCCGAGUUUUCUCGUUCCUUUUUCUUUAAUAGUUGUUGAGGUGAAAGUGGCUGACAAGGCUCUUUGCCUUUCAACAAGUGUUUCACGCUGUUUACUUGCAUAACUUAACAAAUUUAAUUUCUGUAGAAGAAGCUUCAUUGCUUAUUGUUAAAUUUGAAUAUGGCUAAGCUGUCAGUAGAAGUCACUCAGUAAACAGAAACUUGCUGAACUUGCAAAAACGGUUUCUAGUUUGUACUGUCACCAUCAUUUAAAAAUAAAUUUGCUUUCUACUUUA